CCGAUCUGUUCCACUUUUAGCUGCACCAUUGAAGUUCACAUUCUUCCUGCCUCCCUUGGGUAGACUCCUUGGCCCGGGCAGGCUGCCUCCCUUGGACGGGAAUCUACUCCGUGCAAAAUUGGCCUGGUAAUGAAGAAGUAGCCAUAAGAAACAUGAAGCCGUGUGUACUCACCGGAAGAAAUCUACCUCGCUUGGUGCAUACCUCUUACGGGUUUCUGAAGACUCUGAGAAUGGCAGGGGUAGCUUCAAAAACACUGUUCAACAAACCCAAGGUUGAACUUCAUUGUCAUCUGGAUGGAGCCAUAAGACUUAAAACUAUUUUGCACUUUGCCAAGAAAAGGAAAAUCCAAAUUCCAACAGAAAAUGAAGGUGAGCUCCGCAGUCUUGUAACCUGCAACAGACCAUCAUCGCUUACAGAGGUUUUGUCAAAGUUCAGUUACUAUAUGCCUGUAAUUGCAGGUGACCGAGAAGCUAUUCAGCAAAUAGCUUAUGAACUUGUGGAGGAUAAAGCAAAAGAAGGAGUUGUAUACCUUGAAGCGAGGUACAGUCCACACUACCUGGCAAACUGUAAUGUUCACCCUAUUCCAUGGGGGCAAACAGAAGGUGAUAUAAGUCCAGAUGAAGUUGUUAAUCUUGUUAAUCAGGGCUUUCGGAGAGGUCAGUGUGACUUUGGCAUCAAAGUGAGAUCAAUUCUCUGUUGCAUACGCCACAUGCAAGCAUGGUCUCCUGAAAUCGUUGAGCUUUGUAAGAAGUAUCGAAAUGAUGGCGUAGUGGGAAUUGACCUAGCUGGAGAUGAAUUAAUGGACACUGAAUCCUAUCCAGGCCAUGUACAAGCUUAUGAGAUGGCUGUGAAAUGUGGUAUCCACCGUACUGUUCAUGCUGGGGAAGUUGGGCCUCCAAAAGUAGUGCGUGAGGCUGUGGAUAUUUUAAAGGCUGAAAGAAUUGGCCAUGGAUACGUAACCAUUAAAGAUCCUGCACUCUACAAGGAAAUACUACAGAAGAGAAUCCAUAUUGAGGCAUGUCCCCUCUCAAGCGUUCUCACAGGAGCAUGUGAUCCUGAUUAUACAAAACAUCCAGUUGUCACAUUCAUGAAAGAUGAAGCCAACUUCUCAAUCAACACGGAUGAUCCAUUGAUUUUCAAUUCAACAAUUCACACUGAUUACAAUAUUGCUGCAGAGCACAUGAACUUCACAGAAUUAGAGUUCAGGACAAUGAAUCUCAAUGCAGCCUCAUCUAGUUUCCUCUGUUCAAGGGAAAAGAAAGAGCUCCUUAAUCAACUGUAUACAGCAUAUGGAAUGACUCAAAAUGUUUGUUAAUAAAAGCUUAUUAAAGAUAAUACUCCAUGUUAGUGAGCAAUAAAUAGUUAUUGGCUUCAAUCAAGGUAUGCUUUUGCUCUUCAAUAUAGCCCCACCACUUGUAGCGGUCCUGUUUGUAUGAAUGUGAUUUGCCCACUGUGCACCCAGGCCAGUGUAACAAAUGAACAAUGAUAAAUGAGUAAAUGAUAGAACAUACAGAGGGUGAUUCACAAGCGAUAAGCCUGAUAAAUCAUAACUGAUAAGUCCGUCAAUCUAGCUGAGAUUAAAGCCCUGUAACUGUCAGCUGUCUGCAACCAGAAUCUGUCACUUCAGUUAUAGUUAAGUUGGAUCAUACCCAAUUUUUCCAUUGAGGACUCUUUUCGAAGUUUAAAGCUGAGGCAGAAUGUGUCAAGCUCAGCAAGCUGAAAAAAGGGUUCACAGCUGUGGCAAAAGUUCUAGAGGCUGAGGUGAUUAGAAUUUAAUGGCUGGUAAUUGCAAUGUGCAAACAAUUGCUCAAGUUGCCCGAAAAAGCUGGUCCACUUAAUAUGGUUUAAGCAGUGCCUUUGUAAUUGCUGUCUGUCACAAUGGAAAAUGCCCACAUUUUAAAAUCUCAAAAAAGUGUGAUGUGAUUUAAAAAGGCAGAUUUACCUGUAUAUUUUCCCAAGAAUUUGUAUCUGAUGAUCUAUGUACAUAUCCUCCCAAAUUAAAGUGGUCCUUUAACUAUGUAGAGGACAUUUUAAAUAGCAAGGUAGAAGACUAUAGUUAAUAUUUUAUCAUUUCAACCCUGCUGAAAAGGACUGGUUAGAUACUAUAAAGCCUGAAUUUUCUUGAAACCUUCUUGUAGAAUAACAAAGUCAAACUGAUGCCUUGAGCUACUUACUUUUUCUCGGUAAUAAUAUGAUUCAUAAAAGCUGUUUCAGCCAAAGAUUUAAUAAAAAAAUAUUACAUUUAGUUACAUUUUAAAUGUCUAUCAGUAUUUUUAAAAUGAAACAGUGUGUUGUGGGGGUGUGGUAGGUGAUCAUGACAAUUUAAUGACGCUCCAUGAAGUUUACUUGUGUUAGUGAAUAUCAAGGGCCUGGUAAGUUUGAUGGGCCUAGCCCUUCAUGGAGCAUUUAUACAGGGAUUACUUGUCAGUAGCUACUCUGUGAUUUUCCUGAGGGAUGGAAUGGCCUGUGUUGGAGGAAUAUGUAUUGUGUAGGCUUCAAGACUGAUAAUUCCUGAAUUCCAGGAGGAAUAGAUAUAUCCCUUCAUGUGCCUGGCAUAAGUCUGGAAUUGGCUUUAUGGUACUGUCAUUAUCAAGCAGUGGUCUGGAAUAUGACAAUGGAAUUGGUACUACAUUUUUAAAAGCCGAAUAGCUUUAUAUUAUUGGUCAACAUGCAUACCUCUAUGAAUUAGUUGCUGGAACAAAAUGAUGUGAAACAUUUUGAAAGAAUGAAAAAUGUUUUAACAGUAUCUUACAAGUUUAUUGACGUGAGUUACCGAUGGAAAUUGGUACAUUAAAGUUUACUGAAAAUUA